AUGGGGGCGGCGCGCCACCUCCUCGGCGUGGCGAUGCUCUGCGCCUUGUUCGCCUCCGCCGCGUCCUUCACCGACCCCCCUGAUGCAUUAGGACUUUGGGGGUUAUAUCGCACAUUGGAGUCGCUGUGGCAGCUCUCUGGUUGGACAUUCCAGGGCGGUGAUCCAUGCGGUGAGGGUAGAGGGAGUAAACACUGGCGAGGCGUCGUUUGCAAGGGAUCGUCCAUUGUCGCAAUAAAUAUUAGCGGGCUCGGAGUUGGAGGAUGGCUUGGCCCAGAUAUGCUAAAGUUUCAGUCGUUGAAAAAGCUUUUGUGGUGCUUUUCUUCUCAUGUUGAUGAUAGGGACAUGAGCUUCAAUAACAUUGCUGGUGAAAUCCCUCCCACUUUGCCCCCAAAUGUGGAAUACUUAAAUCUGGCAGCCAACAAGUUUGAAGGGAAUAUACCAUCAUCAUUACCAUGGUUGCACUCCCUGAAAUAUCUGAACUUUAGCUACAAUAAACUCUCUGGAGUAAUUGGUGAUGUUUUUGUUAACAUGGAUAGCUUAGAAACGAUUUAUCUACAUCAUAACGAGUUCACAGGAUCUGUGAUUUUGUUAGCAGGCCUUCCAUUGUCAUCCCUAGAAGCUGUUCAUGCAACCCUAAGAGCACCUCUAACCAUGCCAAGACUUUACCAGCCAAUAUGGAAACAGGAUAGACUAAGAUUAUUUCACAUCACUAAAACUCAUGCUGUUUUCCAUUUUAUAGUCCCUAAAGCAAAUGAGGUCCUGUACUCUUGGAGUUCUCUAUUGAUUGGCAGUGAUACUUCAUCUAGUAAUGGCAUUACAUCUGAAAGAGUUCCCAAAAUAAAAAGUUGGUUCAAGACAUCUAAAAACCUUCUAACUGCAAAGCAGUUUCCAGCUGCGGACAUUCUAGCGGCUACCAGGGACUUCAAUGAAGAAUGUUUUAUUGGUGAAGGUCUCACUGGCCGAGUUUAUAGAGGUGAUUUUUCUGAUGGCCAGCUCCUGGCUAUCAAGAGGAUUGACAUGGUAGAUCUGUCAUUAUCAGAACAGGAUAAAUUAAUGGACAUGCUUUGGAAUAUCUCCAGAUUAAAGCACCCCAAUAUCAGUGCGCUUGUGGGAUAUUGUGUGGAAUUUGGACAUUGUGCGCUUCUAUAUGAGUACGCCGAAAAUGGCUCUCUUGCUGAUAUUCUGUUUUCAGCAGCCACAAGAUCCAGGGCUUUGUCAUGGAAAGCUCGGAUGAAGAUUGCUCUUGGAGUUGCCUAUGCUCUGGAAUACAUGCACUUGACGUGUUCCCCUCCAGUUGCCCAUGGAAAUAUUAAAGCUAGAAAUAUUUUGCUUGAUGCUCAGCUCAUGCCCUACCUCUGUGACAGUGGGUUAACCAAGUUAAGCCAUUUUGUCAACACCACAAGAAUGAAGGAUUCAGAAGCUAUCACCAGUGCUAAAGGCUAUGCUGCCCCUGAGCUCAGUGAUCCAGGAGCAGAUGGCAUCAAAGCUGAUAUUUACAGUUUUGGUGUUAUUUUGCUUGUGCUUUUGACUGGGCAAAAGGCUUUUGACAGUUCAAGAAGGCCAAACGAGCAGUUUCUAGUAGAUUGGGCAGCUCCUCAUCUUGAUGAUCUUGAUUCACUGGAAAGAAUAACUGAUCCAAGAAUAAGGGGCUCUAUGCCACCUAAAGCUAUAUCUUCAUUAGGCAUUAUCAUCUUGCUUUGCGUCAAGCAAUCACCAGAUCUCCGCCCGCCAAUGACAAUCAUAGCAGACAAAUUAGUAAAGCUUGUCGAAUCAACAGGUCUUCAAAAGAUUAGCACAACACAGCACUUGGAGGUUGAUGCUCAGGACCCCUCUUUCAUAACAACCCGACCGUAUUUUGAGCCGUCCUCUACUGGUAUUUCACUGGAUAGUGCUUCUUAUUUCUGCUUAAGCUCUUGUCAUUACAUUGAUUAUUUUCAUCAGUCAAUCAGGGUGGAACAGAGAGCUGCAUAUCCCGGUGAUGAAUGCUUGUUCUUCUCCAAUUCUUCCGGGUCUUAUGCUGCCUUAUCUACUCGAUGGCACUCCCAAGCAUCUCGAGUUCUCGACCGUGUCGCACCUCUUUCCGCAUUUCUUACCCAUGCCAAUUGGUGA